AUGGCUUCCAUUUUGCUCGCCAUCCCCCGCAUCCUUCUUGCGUUCGAAUACUUUGUCGGCGGAAUUCCUAGACUUGGCCCUUGGCCGUUCAAGACGCUCCACGAAAGGAUCUACCGUAAAUCCCAGAUCACAGCACCGUAUCUGCAACCACUCUACCCUUUCACUGGUCAGCGCACAAUCAAAUUGCACAUGCAAUACAUCGGAGCACUGAUGGUUACGGAGGGCUUCCUUCUGGCGCUGCCGCAAACUCGUGGGGGAAUCUUCGCCCUUGUCCUCGGCUGUUUCUUGACAGCUUCCGGGUAUUGGAGUCAGAUGCGGGCUGAUAUGCCUUAUUGGCUUCCAGUCACAAAUUUUGGUUUAGCAUGGGUGGUGUGGUAUAUUGAGAAUAGAUCAUAG